AUGGCCAAGAACAAGGAGCAGUCCUUCUCAGAACUUUUUGAUACGUUUCAAGAAAGGUUGAACAAGUCAUUACGCCCUCCGCAAGAUGGCAAUCUCGGGCCGAAGUCGAAGAGGGCGAAGCCCCCUGAGAAAGAGACUGCAUGCAGUGUUUUCCGAAAGGGAUUCGCGGCUUUCAAAGGCCAAUCCAAAGACCCAGCGCCAGAUCUCACCGUUGGGGAAAUAUUGGAAGCGGAAGACAUGAUACUCAGCAUUGCUUGUGUCACCGAAGCGAAAACCAACUCGGAUUUUUCCCUCUACACUCUGUCGGAUUACAAUAACGCCUUUUAUGAGGGAGGCCAGGCGGCCUAUCGCAGCCGAAACAAACUCCUCUUUCCGUGGGUCUACAGAGGUCCAGAAACGGAUUUUCACUCCAUCUUGGUGCACGCCGAGGCGGUAGAAGGCAAGGACGGUGAUAUGAUACCGCUCAUCAAGUAUUACGACAGCGCCCCCCACUUUAUGGAACCAAAUCUACAGCGGAUUCAAGAUGAUGUAGAACUUUUCAUCCGCAAUCUACGUUGGUGGACUGGAUCACACGGCAGCUCAGAGGAGGAGAAAAAUGUAGAAUUCCACACAAAGCAUAUCGCGGUCUCCAAACAACAAAAGCAUAACUCGAAUGGAUCCGCAUCCUCUUCCAGUAUUCAUGUCAUCCUCAACGCUUGGGCCAUCGCUCUCGGAUUGACAAUUUCAAAAAAAGACGUCUCUUUUAAUCAUCUGGAAGGACCCAUCUAUCAGCAGAUUAUUGAGACAAUCAAUCUGGCAAGAGCAGGGAACAUGGACUCCACCACUAUCGCCGCUUUGCUAUGCUGCACCAAAUGGGUCACGAACCCUCAAGAUUCUGUCCCUCCAAAGGCUCAAUUUCUGCGCACUCAGAAGUUUGUUGUCGUGGAAGAUCUGGAAGAAUACAAGAACCGCUUAGCACCCCCGCUAGGACACAUGCCAAAUUGUGCGCAAUGUCAAAUACCGGGACACUGUGUCAUACCAGAAAGCAACAAGGGCGGAUUGAUACCGGCGGACGACCCUGAGCUUGAGUGCGAAGGCUGCCCUCUCCAUGCCCAUUGCAAUCUCCUUCCUCCCGGCUACCUCCCUUGCAAAUACCUGAACUACGCCACGGAUAAGUGGUAUAAGGAUGCAGCCACGGACAGAGGCGGGAAUGAAUUCACUCCACCACCGGAUGACGAUUUGAUGUUUUGUGCAAUUACGUGCGUCACAGAAGCCAUAUCUCUAAAUCACGCUGGAAAAAAUUUCAGUCUCUACGACAAAGCUCUCUGGGAUUCUCCUGACGUACGGAAAAUCGUUGGCCCUCGAGAGGAGGUGCUCAUCCCAUGGGGAUGGGAAGACCGCGAUAACGGUCGACAGCUGAUUGCUAGAGCCUUCUGCAGGAAUAACAACGAAGGCGAUGAUUAUCAGCCAGUCAUUGAGCUCUACUGCCCACAGGACUUAAUAUCCCCCAGAAACCAGAAAAAGAUCAUGGGUAUCCUGGGAGAAGUAAAAAAUUUCUUACGAAGCAAACUAUGGCAUAGAAACCCGGCCAAUCCAAAUGGGGAAUGCAGUUUCGAUGGCGUAGAGGUCGUAGCCCGCGCUACGGCCAAUCCCAAGAGUAAGCGUUAUGAUCGAAUCCACGCCAUUUUCAACGCCUGGACAAUAGCCCUUGGAUUCACCCCGGCCAACGAAAUCCCCCGAAAGCUAACCCGUAAGGGUGAAUACGAUAUGGCUUACAAAGUCAUCCUGCUGGCCAUCCAAGGCCAAAUGGACGACACCACGAUCUACGCAACUUUGCGCUGCUUGGAAUUCAUCAGAGAAGAGGAUGCUGAUAGUCUUGUCCCACGAGAUCACCGCUUUAAACGUACGCGUCCCCUGCCUACUGCGAAUGAUCUGAAAGAGAUGUACGAUGAUGCUCGUAAGUAUGAGGUUGCAGAAGGGGAUACGGAUGCCGAAGGCUUUGCCGCAGAUGGCAGCAGCGACGGCAGUGAGGGAUCUGAAAGCAGUGAAGAUGGCGGCAAUGAAGAUGACGGCGGCGUCGGGAAGCGUCAACCUGGAAGCAGUGAUGAUGACACCAGCGACAGCGAGAAUACCGUCAUAAGCAAUCCCGAGGGACCGGUCGAACCGAGCGAAGAACAGUACGAGGAAGAACUGGCUGAGCACGAACCGCCUGGGGACGAACUGCCUGAGGACGAACUGCCUGAGGACGAACCAUCUGGCGGCUCGGGCGGCGACGGUUCAGACGACGACCCGGGCGAGGACCCAACAACGCCAUUCAAAUGCAGAAAUUGCCAUGUCAAAGGACACUGCACAAGCGAAGAUAGAAAUGACAAUAUGUGCACCAGUUGUCCAGUAGCAGGGCACUGCGACGGAGACGACAUCCUAAACGACAGUGAUCUCGUCAACCUUUUAAGCAACUUUUUCCGUGGCACAGGACAUCAGUGGAAUCAAAUUCAAAGGAUAGCUGGAAAGGAAGACCGUGUAGGCGCAAUAAACCCCGAAAGCCAAUUGUCGGAGGUCCAGGUAACUUUAGCAAUCGCAAGCGUAACGGAAGCAAUUAGCAUGAGCGGUAAUGGGGAACAAUUAAGCCUCUACGACGAUGCUUCUUUCGCCAUGGCAAAAACUACAUCCGCCAUGGAAUCGAGAAAUCUGGCACUCCGGCAGCAAAAUCAGCUACUGUUCGCUUGGGUCCAUAGCGAUGUGGAAAACCAGAUACAAGGGGAUCAAGGCAGAGAGGGCAGACUCAACUCAAGGGAAAAAGCAGCCCAGGCACACAUGUACAGGGAAAUGGGUGAGACCCAGGGCCAUAUCGUUGCGGUCAACGUCCACCGUCAGGAAAGUCGUAGCGGCCGUUCGGGAAGACCAGUAAUCCACAUUUAUGACAGUCUCCCCAACUACUUCCAAGGCAUCGGUCGGAAAGGGGUUGAAGAGGAAAUCACAAGAGUGGUCAGACGCCUCAAGUGGUGGUAUGGACCAUUCGAAGACAACGACCAGGAACUGCCAGAACCAAUUGUAACCUGGCGGGAAGCAAAAACACAGGCAGAAUAUCCUGCUUGUGGCAUCCACGCGAUAUUGAAUGCCUGGUCACUUGCGCUGGGUCUUACAAUAAAAACCGAGGCCCAGCCCUCUUUGAAUCCUGGUCAGUACCAAGCGGCUGCAUAUAUCAUCACACUGGCAAUUUACGGCCAUGCUACAUGCGCAGCUGUCUUUGCACUUCUCCGUACGCUCGAUUGGGUAUAUGACACGGAUAUGCCACGCAACAGACGCUUCAUGAAGACGUUCAAUUUCAGAAGCCAAAACAAAUUGGGAGAACAUUUCGAACACCAGGUACGACGGUGCGGCGAACCAUAUGCAAAGCUGCUGGACUACACGGGUAACCCUGCCGAGAUCAAGCCAAUGGAUAUGAAACCUAGCGAGUUCGUAGAGCGACUCAAAAAGGAUGGCGGAUACGAUAUGGCACGUGAGUCUCAUGGCAAACGCCAGCUGGGUGUGUGGUAUGAGUUGCAUAGUCGUUCCUACAUUCGGCGGCCUGCGAGGGCAAGAUACGUUGAGAACGAUGCCGAGAUCCCUAUCUUGAAAGACGUCGAAACCAACGAGGUCCUGGCACGUCUUCACGCUGCUGGUUAUGCGAGUGCACAGGAGGGCUAUGGUCUCUACCAGUUGGGAGUCUGGGACGAAUUACACAAACGUGGAUGGAUUAGGCCAAAAGCAUCUUCUCCGACUCCCCAACCUCCAGCUUCACCCACCGCGGUGAUAAACGAUCUGCGCGGCUUCGGAUACGACGUCAGCAACGUGAGGGAAAUGCUGAACUCGAGAGCACUUACCUUGGAACAGCUUGAGAAUACCAGGGACGUGCUUAGGCAAUUAAGACCGGUCCAGCAAUCGGCGGCUCCCCCCACAGACCGUCAAUCUCAAGAAAGAAGCAGACCUGCUCGAACAUCACCAGCACAACAACCAGCAGUACUACCACCACCGCCACCGCCACGUUCAGAGCUAUCCUAUCCCGCUCGCCUCGAGGCACUGAGAGUCGACCACCGUCAUCUCGAGAGGAUAAGUCGAGACAACGAUGACUUUGACCUGAUGGCUCAUAUGGAGGAUAUGUAUAACGACAAUAUGGUCCACACGGUUCCGAAGGGUGUGUUAGAGGAAUUCUUCGGUGUUGAUCCUGAAACGAGGGAUAGACUCACGCGUGGCCAGAAGAGAAUCUUGGUCGAUGCCGCUGAGUAUUAUUUCCGGAAGAAGCAAAAGUAUCAGGCUGAAGGAGAGAGGGGCUCGCCGCGUGAAAAUCCUGCACAGCCGAUCAAUGAUCCACAGCAGGCUGAGCCUCCACAGCGUCCACAGCGAGACGGUUCUUCACAGCGGGAUAAUGGUUCCCAGAGGGCUGGUGGUUCUCAGAGGGCUGAUGGUUCUCAGAGGGGUGACGGGUCCCAGAGGGGCAAUGGUUCCCAGAGGGGUAACGGCUCCCAGAAGGGUGGUAAACCACAGAGGGUGAACGAUGAUCGCGAUUCACCACUGAGUAGUCUUCCAUCGUCGCUGCAUUCACCACCACCCCCGCCAGCUGCAGAGCCCAUUCAUGAUCUAGGCCGCGAACAAUCUCCAAGGCAACGACAGGACAACGCACAGAACGAAAUCACAGAAAAGGAGACGCAAAUUGAGAUAGAGAAGGAGAUUGGGAAGAAGAGGAAGCAAGUUGCGAAAAAGAAGCAACCUGCGAAAAAGAAGGAACCCGCGAAAAAGAAGGAACCCGCGAAAAAGAAGGAACCUGCAAAAAAGAAGGGAUCGACGCAGGCUGGAGUAAAGAAACCCGCACCCAAGAAGCGGGCGACGGCACCGGAAAUACCACCAGAGAGAAGGCAGCCUAGGCGCCAGGCAAAGAAACUGAGGAAAGACGGAGAAUAGGCGUGUAAUUUUGUUUCAAACUUUUUUAUGUGAUACCGUCUUUUUGUUUCUGUGCUUGGAGUUUUGGAGUUUAGAAUUUC